AUGAAACUAUUGCUUUUCCUCUCAUUUAUAAUCAUUGUCGCUUCGCAAAAUAUCACGUAUGAUCAGGAUUUUCUUGAAGAAUUCGAUCUCUACUUCAACGCCACGCAAAAGCUUUACAAGAAGCUUUUCGACGAUGCCGACUACAAAAAGGAUAUGGCACCGAUUUUUGGGAGAAUAAAUAUUCCUGUUCAUUUGUUACUGGAAUUGUCUUAUAUGAGACUUAUUGAGAUUGAUUCCGAGACACAACAAGUCAGUCUUGUGUUGGAGAUUAUAAAUCAUUGGUCCGAUCUGCGUCUUCGUUGGGAUCCCGAAGAUUACAACGGAGUGAACGUGCUUUUCGUGAACUCCGGAAUACUUUGGAUUCCAGAAUACAGUGCCUCGGAUUCACAAGAAUUCGAACUUCUUGCACCCGACGCGCAACGAUUUGCGCGCCUUUACAAUAAUGGAACCGUCUACUAUGAAACGACAAUUUUCAUGAAGUUUUCUUGUAAACUCAAUAUGUGGAAUUUCCCUUUUGAUGUUCAAAGUUGCGGUAUCGGUUUCCAAACGUACUCGCUCACUAAACAAGGCUUCAACCUUUCCACGAAAGUUUCCGAAGUGAUGGAUCCAUCAGUUCUAGAAGGUAAUGGUGAAUGGUGUAUCAUCAGUCUCACCAACAAUUACACUGUCGAAGUACCAACAUUGUCUCUGGCCGGCUUCCAGCUAAGACUGCACCGUGAGCCUCUUUUUUAUGUUUUUGUGAUUGUUCUGCCGUGUUUUCUACUGACAACACUAUCGAAUUUUGGGAUGUUCUGGAGUUCACGGGUGAAAGAAGACAAGCUAGGAAAGAUGAGUCUUGGUUUGGCGAGCAUGAUGGCGAUGACAGUGCUGCUUGAUCUGGCCUCACAGCAGAUCCACAAAAAUGCAAAUUUCCCACUAUUAGGUUGGUACGUGAUCAUUUGCACGAUCCUCAUUUCACUCGGCUGUAUCAUGGUGGUUUUAAUCUCAAAUGGUUGUCAGCAAGUCUAUCGGAAACCAAAACCAGGUCUAUUGGCGAAACUGGAGCAGUAUGUGUUUUCUCGUGCUUUUGGUGCGCAUUUGCUCUUUCAAGGAGCCAAUCUUACCAAUCUGAUUUAUUUCUUGAGUCAUUGGAAAGGUCAUCCGAAUUCU